AAUGCUGUCGACAUAGCGGAUCAAAUUGAAGAGCUGAAAUCGGUGCUGGCAUUUAUUUGUACGUACAUCCAGCUUCCUUAUUCUGAUUUGGAAGAGUUUGAAGAUAUAAUGAGUGCUGCAAGACAAAGGGUUGAGAAUUUGCUUCGACCAAUUUUGGAUGAUGUUGACAGUGACGUCGGGUGUAAAUACACAAUGGAUCAUGUUCUCCCUAGCCUCAUGGAUAAUAUAGAUGAUUGCAUCAGCUCGUGUCAUCAUUCUACAUCAAGUGCCAUGAUGACUGAAGAGCAGUUGAACUUCCUGCUCCAGAAUCUCCAUCAUCGAUGCAAGUAUCGUGCUGAACAGAUUUUUACAUUAGAUACUCAGUAUGAGAUUCUUCAGAAUGUGUCUGUCAACAUGAAAGAUUUCCAUGGGUUAAUAGUGAAUGGUUACAUUGAGCACGAGAUUGUUCAAUAUGUUUUGCCUCAGUUUCAACUCUUGGCUGAGAGAGUUGGAAUCUUCCUAUGGCAUGAUCGACUUGAUAGAGACUCUCGACUAUUCAAGCUAGCACAUCUACUCAUGAAGAUCAUUCCAAUUGAACUGGAGGUUAUGCACAUAUGUUAUACAAAUUUGAAAGCUUCAGCAUCAGCGGAAGUUGGAUGCUUCAUCAAGCAGCUCCUAGAAACCUCUCCAGACAACCUUGGAGAAUAUCUGAUUCAUCUACGAGAGCACAUGGUAACUGUUAUUACCGCAAACACUUCAGGGGCUCGAAAUAUUCAUAUCAUGAUAGAGUUCCUAUUAAUUAUUCUUACGGAUAUGCCCAAGGACUUUAUUCAUCAUGACAAAUUAUUUGAUCUUUUGGCACGUGUUGGAGCACUUAUCAAGGAGGUAUCAACUCUCGUUCAUGACUUAGAAGAAAAAUCAAGGAAUGAAGAGAGUACCGAUGAAACAAGUUGUGCGAAUCUAGACUUGCUGAAAAAUAUUGAACUCCUCAUGGAAGAUCUCAAACAUAGUUAUCUGAAAGCCCCGGACUCAUGUCAAUGGAGCUUCCCCAUGAAUGAUGGACCACUCUUCAUGCAUCUGCUACACAUACACUUAAAAGAUUUGCUAGAUUCCCAUGCCUAUUCAGUUGCAUUGAUAAAGGAAGAAAUUUGGCUGGUGAAAGAAGACUUAGAAUUCAUAAGAUCUUUUAUCGCGAGCAUUGAUGAAGAAUUGUGUAAAGAUCUUUGGGCCCGUGUUCUAGAUGUGGCAUAUGAGGCAAAAGAUGUCAUCGAUUCAAUCAUCGUAAGAGAUAAUGGUGUCUUAAAUCUUAUUUUCUCACUCCCCGUCACCAUACAAAAGGUCAGGCUUAUCAAAGAAGAUGUCACCAAUUUACUUGAGAAGAUUCCCAAGAACAGGAGCCGCAAUGCUGUAAACUCUCCAAAGAAUCCAGUUGAAAGCAAGUCAUUCACAGGUGGUAAAGUAAUUGUAGGCUUUAAGGAGGAGACAAACUGGCUGAUUAGUAAGCUCACCAGUGGACCAAAAGAUCUAGAUGUCAUUUCAAUAACUGGUAUGCCCGGUUCGGGAAAAACUACUUUGGCAUACAAAGUAUACAAUGAUGACUCAGUUUGUAGUCAUUUCGACCUUCGUGCAUGGUGCACAGUCGACCAAGAAUAUGAAGAGAAGAGUUUGUUGGUGAAACUUUUUAACCAAGUUACCGGCUCGGAUUUGAAGUUCAGUGAGGAUAUUGAUGUCGCCGACAUGCUGCGGAGACAAUUGUAUGGAAAGAGGUACCUAAUUGUGUUAGAUGACGUGUGGGAUACUUCUACAUGGGAUGAUUUAACAAAAACUUUCCCUGAAGUUAAGAAAGGAAGUAGAAUUGUCUUGACGACUCGACUAAAGGAAGUGGCUUUUCACGGAAAGGGCAACACUGAUCCUCUUAACCUUCGAUUGCUAAGACUAGAAGAAAGUUGGGAGUUAUUACAGAAAAGGGCAUUUGGAAACGAGUGUUGCCCUGAUGAACUGUUGGAAGUUGGAAAAGAAAUAGUCCUAAAUUGUAAGGGACUUCCUUUGGUUGUUGAUCUGAUUGCUGGAGUCAUUGCAGGUUUGGAAAAGAAAAGGGCUGUGUGGCUUGAAGUUCGAAAUAAUUUGAAUUCCUUUAUUUUGAACAGUGAAGUGGAUGUGAUGAAGGUUAUUGAAUUAAGUUAUGACCAUUUACCUCAUCACAUGAAGCCCUGCUUUCUCUACCUUGCAUCUUUUCCAAAGGACUCGAAAAUCAGCAGAGAUAAGUUGAAAAUGUUUUGGCGUGCUGAAGGGCUUGUUGAACAGAUAGAGAUUAAGAGUUUGGAAGAAGUGAUGGAAAUUUAUUUGGAGAAUUUAAUUUCCAGUAGCUUGGUAACUUCUUUAAAUGAAAUAGGUGAUUUCCCGACUUGCCAGAUUCAUGAUCUUGUGCAUGACUUUUGUUUGAUAAAAGCAAGAGCGGAAAACUUGUUUGGCAAGAUUAGUUCAAGUGAUCCAUCUUUUUCUUCUUUAGAUUUGAUGCCACGUAUAGUGACCAUUAAUUAUGAUAAGGAGCACUUUGGGCCUAAUAAUUUCGUCCUGCUCGAUUCAAAAAUGGAAAGGCGUUCUAGUAAACACCUAUAUUCUUUGUUGAUAAGUGGAGACAAGAUGAAAGAUCAUCUUUCUGAUACAUGUCACCUAAGAGACUUGAGGCUUCUUCGAGUGUUGUUACUGUAUCCCUCUUUUAUGAUGGUAAAAGAUUCUUUGCUGAAUGAAAUAUGCAUGUUGAAUCAUUUGAGGUUCUUAAGAAUUUGGACAGAAGUUAAAUCGUUGCCUUCAUCUUUCUCAAACCUCUGGAAUCUAGAAACCCUAUGGGUUGAUAACGAAGAAUCAACCUGGGAACUAUUACCGACAAUUUGGGAUCUUGUAAAAUUGCGAAUGCUUUCCAUUAAGGCUUGUUCUUUCUUUGAUAUGGAUACAAAUGAACCAAUACUAAUAGCAGAGGACUCAAAGCUAGAGAAAUUGAGAGUAUUAGAGAGCCUCGUGCUUUCCUAUUCGAAAGAAAUGGAGGAUAUUUUCAUAAGGUUCCCCAAUCUUCAAAGGCUUAGAUUUGUUUUACAGGAAUCAUGGGAUUAUUCAACAGAGCGAUAUUGGUUCCCAAAAUUGGAUUACCUAACUGAACUAGAACUCCUCAUUGUAAGCUUUAAAAGUUCAAACACAAAUGACAGAGUGCCCUCUAUAGCGACAGCUUGGUCGUGGGAUUUUCAUUUUCCUUCCAAUUUGAAAAUAUUGUCGUUGUGGGACUUUCCUCUGACAUCUAAUUCACUAUCAACAAUAGCGAGACUGCCCAACCUUGAAGAGUUGUUCCUUUCAAGUACAAUCAUGCAGGAGGAAGAAUGGAACAUGGGGGAGGAAGAUACCUUUGUGAAUCUUAAAUAUUUGGAGUUGGAAGAAGUGACUCUUGCUAAGUGGGAGUUUGGAGAGGAAUCCUUUCCCGUGCUUGAGAAAUUACUACUGUUGGGAUGUCGUAAGCUUACAGAGAUUCCGCCUAAUUUUGGGGAUAUUGGUUCAUUAAAAAUUAUCCAACUUGACGAGAGCCCUCAACUUGAAGAUUCAGCUCUGGAGAUUAAACAAUAUGUUGAAGAUAUCAGGGGAGAAGACAAGCUUCAGAUCCUUGGCCCUAAUAAUAUCCCGUUAUCUAAGACAGCCUGAGCUCCUUGUUGGCGUGCUGCUGCUAUGCCAAGCACUGCAAGUUUGCCACUACUGAACACCAGCGACGUCAAUGGGCAAUCUCUCUUUGAAACAUACAUGGGAUUGUUGACUUUGAUAUGAUGAGCAAGAAGGAAGUCAAACAAAAGUGAGAAAUCUCUGCAGAUAAUAAAGUUACCAAGAAAGUCCAAUGCAAUAGGGAGAGCAAAGAGCUUGAAUUGUGUUGCAGGUUUGUGGAAUUUAAGUCUCCAAGAAUCAGCCACCAAUAAGCAUUUGGUGUUAUGGGGCUGCUGUUUCUAAUGAUCAAGAUGUUCAAAUUGGUUCAACAGCUCAACAUGGCUAUCGGCCUCCUUCACUGAUGAGCACGCUUCUCCUGUUCCGUCGUCAAGAAUCCUCAAGGCCUCCAUUGUUUAUUCUCACAAUUUGAUGCCAAAGUUGAAGCCACAAGGCCAUUAUUAGAAGUAUUGAAUCUUUCCGGGAUGGCACCUUUAAGUCUAUUACCGAAGAGAAGUCUGUUAUCUAGCUGCAACUCAAUUAGAAAUGAAGAAAUUUUUACUCAGAUACACAUCAUGGAAACUAUCAGGGAUUGCAUCACAAAGUCUAAUGCAGGAUGAUUCUGAUGGAGAUGAAGAAUCUAUCGCUCGGAGUUACUCAAGUGGUUAGAGUAGUGCAGAUAUAUAACCCUAGCAUAUGCUUAAAUCAUCCAAGAGGAAUCCGAUAUCCGUUUUAUGUCAAAUAAUACGUGGAGGAACUCUCGAUAACCAAUAAAAGCAAUUACGUGCAUGAGUGAACAUUUGAAAGGAUAAUUUUCGUUUGGAAUUUUGAACAUUAAUAGACAUUUUUAGCAGAAUAGUGAUACCGAUACAUUGGUUCA